AUGCUGGUGAUAGCUCUGCUGCUAUUGCUGAGCCUGUGGGACCCGGUUAGUCCACGGCCCCGCUGCGCUUCGGGCCAGGCUUGCGACCCCCGGCAUCGGAGAGACGCCGGGGGGCGCGGAGGAGUGUAUGAACACCUCGGAGGAGCGCCGAGACGCAGGAAACUUUACUGCGCUACCAAAUAUCAUCUGCAGAUCCACCCUAACGGCAAAAUAGAUGGCUCGCUGGAUGAAAACAACCCGCUCAGCAUCAUGGAAAUCACAGCAGUGGACGUUGGUGUUGUGGCCAUAAAGGGGCUCUUCUCUGGGAGAUAUCUGGCCAUGAAUGAUAAAGGACGGCUGUAUGCAUCGGAAGUGUUCAACAAAGAGUGUGAGUUUGUGGAGCGAAUCCACGAGCUGGGGUACAACACCUAUGCCUCCCGCCACCACUCCACAGAGCAGCCUGCUCCACCGGGAGGCGGCGGCAGCAGCAAGCGCCGGGCCAGCGCCAAGAGACAGUGGUACGUUUCCAUCAAUGGCAAAGGGCGGCCACGGCGAGGCUUUAAAACCCGAAGCACGGACAAAGCCUCGCUCUUUCUGCCUAGGGUGCUUGGUAACAAAGACCAUGAAAUGGUGAAGCGGCUGAGGGAGAGUCCGGGGCCACAUCACCAUGCGCAUCACCACAGCCGCCGUGCUGAGCGCCGGAGACGCCGGCAUCGCGCUGGGAAAGGCCGGGCCUGA